CUCUCUCUCUCUGUGUCUCUCUCUCUCUCGCUCUCUGUCUCUCUCGCUCUCUGUCUCUCUCUGUCUCAGAUUCACAGGGCGGCCGACAGACGCAGAGAGGCAGGUCUCCUCACUGCAGCUCCAGGUCUAUAUCUUCCUAUCUGAGCCACUAUGAACCUUGUGAACAGCAGCCAGUGGUUCCUGACCCAGCCGUCUCCCAGCCCAGCAGGACCCAGUAAAGGACUGGGCUGUAGUAACACCUGGGAGGCAGAGACAGGCCGCAUCACUCAGAUGGUAAUCACCGUUCUAAUCUUCCUGGUGGGCGUGUCCUUGAACAGCCUAGUGGUGUAUGCGUUGGCCUGGCGUGGGCGUGGCCGCCUGACGAGGCGUGGCAGCUUGGGCCAAGGGGAGACGCGCGGCGCCAGCAGCUUCCGUGUCUACGUAGUGAACCUGGCGCUGGCUGACCUGGUCCUCCUCCUCCGCACCCCUCUGAUGCUGGCGUACCUGGCCCACAGCUGUAGCUGGCCCGUGGGGAAACUGGCCUGUCGCCUGGUGGUAUUCCUGAGAGGCCUGGGACUAUACGCCGCAGCCUUCCUGCUGUGUGCCGUGGCUGUGGAGAGAUGUCUGUGUCUCCUCAGGCCGGUCUGGUCCAGUCUGAAGCGUCCUCGCUGGGCAGUUCCCCUGGUGUGUGGUCUCCUCUGGGGGCUGGCUGCUGCCCUGGCUACCCCUUACCUCCACACUGCCGACCUGCUGGAGAUCAACGGUACUACCCAGUGUCUGGAGAGCCUGGGGUACAGCAUGGGGCUGUUUGUGACCGAGACGGUGGCCGGGUUCCUCCUGCCGUUAACGGUGUUCCUGGUGAGUAACGUAGCCGUGCUGUGGACCGCCAGGCAGGCAGGGGUCUCCGGACCGACCUCUCCAUCCUCCUCUUCUUCCUUUUCGGCGACUGCGAGACAGAUGGCCAGGCUGUACCGGGUCCUCUUCCUCACCAUGCUCCUCUUCCUCUCCUGCUGGGUCCCCUACUUUACCUGCCGCUUCCUGCGGGCGCUGGCUGCAGGGCGGCCUGACCGGGUGGGGCUCUACCGGGCGUCGUUCACGGGGGCGUAUGUCUCUCUGUUCCUGGUGUACCUGAAGAGCUCCCUGAACCCUGUCCUCUACGUGUUCGCCGCACGAGGCCUGGGGCGAACCGUCCGCGCCUCGCUCCCCUCCACCAUCGAGAGAGUCUUCAACUAUGACUAUUCUGACUCCAGGAGUAGACGGACCCUAAGGAGGGAGGAUUCACAGAUCUAGUGCUCUAAAACGCCCUGUUUAGGGACCCUAAGGAGGGAGGAUUCACAGAUCUAGUGCCCUAAAAAGCCCUGUUAGGGACCCUAAGGAGGGAGGAUUCACAGAUCUAGUGCCCUAAAAAGCACUGUUAGGGACCUUGCAGUUUUACUAGAAGACUGUAGAGAUCCAUUGUGAUUGCUGGCCAACAUGAACUCAGACGUUACAGGCUUACUUCAGCCCUGUGUGGACUACAUGGACUGCAUUAUUACAGCUAUAGGCAUUAUCUUAGGCUGGGUUAUUAUUAUUAGGACUAUACUGCAUUAUCUUAGGCUGGGUGACAGGCUUACUUCAGCCCUGUCUGGACUACAUUAUUAGGACUAUAGGCAUUAUCUUAGGCUGGGUGACAGUCUUGCUUCAGCCCUGUCUGGACUACAUUAUUAGGACUAUAUUGCAUUAUCUUAGGCUGGGUGACAGGCUUGCUUCAGCCCUGUCUGGACUACAUUAUCAGGACUAUACUGCAUUAUCUUAGGCUGGGUGACAGGCUUGCUUCAGCCCAAUGACGUCAUCAGACCUGGGCUUUCGGGGAUUUAGCCCCGAGUCUUGGUGUAAAACAAGCUCGGCUACACCUCAUUACACACUGCAACGAACUCUCCAAUCAUGAGCCCUGUCCUGGCCUGCCUCUUCGGCGAUGCCUAAAACCACCAUUUCUGUGUACGGUGGCACUUUAGGAGGCCCGAGUCACAGUGGUUUCUCAAAGUCAUUUUUGAUUCGCCCCAAAAAAAAGCAUGGAACAAAUGAGCCACGUUGGGCAGAACCAAGCACGACUUAGCGAGAUCCUAUUGGCUCGUUCUAUUAUCUAUUA